AUAAAGAGAAACUUUUCAAGCAUAUCUACCAACUUAAAGAUGAGGUUAAGCGAUUGCACUUAGAGUUAGAUACUCUAACAUCCCAGAUUACUUACAAGGAUAUUUCUCUUAAUGAAUAUAAAGACAAGAUUCAUACAAAACUAAAAGAGAUGAAGGCUCUCCA